UAAAUUAACUAAAGGCUGACCAAAGGCCCAAACUAACUAAAUGGUGGAUGAAAUCGAUCAAACAUCUCUGGAUCCAUCGACAUCUAUCAUCCCCAUACGAUCGAAGUGUCGAACGCUCCGCCAAGUCGCCGACUCCUUUCGGGGCUUCGCCUUCCAUCACGCACCUGACGGCAGCACGCUACUCCGCCAGCAGCGCAGCACGCUUCGUAAGUCAUCGCCUCCUCGCAUCACUCCCGUCGUCCGGUUGCCUGCACUCCGCCAUUCACACUUCGGCUGUUCGGCCAAUCUGCACCUCAAUCUUCACUUCCAACCAUCCGUAGUUCCGGUAUUCCUUCAUUCCACUUUUAUUGGUGCAAUCUUGGAAUAGUGUGCUGUUUAUUUUGCUGCUCUCAAAUGGCGUCCUUGCAAGAAAGUCUGAAUAGGUUUAACAAGCAGCAGGAAAAAAACCAAUCAACCCUUACAAGUAUUGCAGCAGCUGCAGCUAAAGCUGGGUCCUCAAAGUCAACCCCUCCCAAAUCGGCUGCAACAUCAUCAACUGCAAAUGCAAAGUCUCCUUCCACAGCAAUCAAAUUUUCCAAUGACACUGAAAGGCUUCAAAUUAUAAACAGCAUAAGGAAAGCUCCUGUUGGAGCUCAGAUGAAACGUGUGAUUGACUUGUUGCUUGAUACUAGGAAAGCUUAUACGAUAGAGCAAAUAAAUAGAGAAUGCCAUGUUGAUAUGAAUGCCAACAAGGCUGUGUUUGACAGUUUGAGAAACAACCCUAAAGUCCACUAUGAUGGCAAACAAUUCUCUUAUAAGUCCAAGCAUGACGUGAAAAAUAAAGAUCAGUUAAUUCGUUUGAUACGGAAAUUUGAUGAGGGUAUUGCUAUCAUUGAUCUCAAGGAUGCAUACCCAACUGUGAUGGAGGACCUGCAGUAGGCAGUAAGUAUGCUGGAGUUUCAUCCCCCUUGUGUGUUUGUCUCUGUGUAGUCUCUGAAGGCUGAAGGGCAGGUUUGGCUGCUGUCAAACUCUGACUCUCAGGAAGACAUUGUACACCCUAAUAAAGCGGAUGUGCGUAUUAAGGUAGACGAUGAUCUGAAACAGCUGUACAGAGGAAUUGAAUUGCCACGUGACAUGCUUGACAUAGAAAAAGAGCUGCAAAAGAACGGUAUGAAACCUGCUACGAAUACUGCCAAGAGGAGGGCUAUGGCCCAAGUUCACGGCAUUUCCUCCAAGCCCAAAACCAAGAAGAAGAAGCACGAGAUUAGUAAGAGGACGAAGCUCACAAAUGCCCACCUUCCCGAGCUCUUUGCAAACCUCAAUGGCUCCGGUUCAUGAUGGGCUGGCAGGUUUAGUGGUCGGCCGUUCAGAUUCGAUCUCAACCCUUGAGUUCUUUUGUUAAGCAUUUCCUUUUCUUGAUGUGAUUGUUAAACAACAAUGCACGUGAUUAUCACCCAAAUGUAAUCUAUAUUAAACAAUGCUUUCUCAAAUCUGGACUAUAUGGUGCUUAUCAGUAAAUAGAUUUCAUGAGCACUUCAUAGGUUGGAAUUUCGGAUCCCUUUGGUAGCUUAGUUUGACCCUGCUCAUCACCAAUAUAAUAAGUAAGCUUUUGACUUAUUUGGUUGAAAUGGAUUUUACCAUUUUUUCUACUUUUAAAAAAGUCUCAGUAGAUUCAGC